AUGGCCACAAUUGCGAAAAAAACGACGCCUUCUCCUAAUACUGAGAGUUGGGUUCCAGGAGGAGACGCCGGCAAAGCCAUCAUCCGCCGUGAGGCAGCUUCUGCUGCCGCCCCUGAUUGGAGCGGUGAAGAUCUGCAGAGAAAGAAAGAUUCUUCUGUGGUUCCCUUGAUCCGACCCGAGCCUUCAUCCAAUGCUGCUGCUAAAGGGAUCCAGAUCAUGACAAGGGCUCAAACUAGCCAUCCUUUGGAUCCUUUAUCUGUUGCUGAAAUAUCUGUAGCCGUGGCAACUGUCAGAGCAGCUGGUGCCACCCCUGAGGUUAGAGAUAGCAUGCGAUUUGUUGAAGUGGUUCUAUUGGAACCAGAGAAACAUGUAGUUGCACUGGCAGAUGCCUAUUUCUUCCCCCCUUUCCAACCAUCAUUAUUGCCUAGAACCAAAGGAGGACCAACAAUUCCUAGUAAGCUACCACCAAGGCGAGCAAGACUAGUUGUGUAUAAUAAAAAGUCAAAUGAGACAAGUAUCUGGAUAGUUGAGCUGACUCAAGUACACGCAACAACUCGAGGUGGACAUCAUAGGGGAAAAGUCAUUUCAUCCACAGUGGUCCCAGAUGUACAGCCACCUAUGGAUGCUGCAGAAUAUGCUGAAUGUGAAGCUGUUGUUAAAGAUUACCCUCCAUUUAGAGAUGCAAUGAAGAAGAGGGGUAUUGAAGAUAUGGAUUUAGUCAUGGUUGACCCUUGGUGUGUCGGUUAUCACAGUGAGGCUGAUGCUCCAAGUCGCAGACUUGCAAAACCACUUAUAUUUUGCAGAACAGAGAGUGACUGUCCUCUAGAAAAUGGUUAUGCACGACCAGUUGAAGGAAUUCAUGUACUUGUUGACAUGCAAAAUAUGGUUGUGAUUGAGUUUGAAGAUCGUAAACUUGUCCCCUUACCUCCAGCUGAUCCCUUGAGGAACUAUACCUCUGGUGAAACAAGAGGAGGGGUUGAUAGAAGUGAUGUGAAACCCCUGCAAAUUGUUCAGCCUGAGGGUCCAAGCUUUCGAGUUAGAGGACAUUAUGUAGAGUGGCAAAAGUGGAAUUUUCGGGUUGGUUUCACCCCGAGAGAGGGUUUGGUUAUUCACUCUGUUGCCUAUAUAGAUGGUAGUCGGGGUCGAAGACCUAUAGCCCAUAGGUUGAGUUUUGUAGAGAUGGUUGUGCCCUAUGGAGAUCCCAAUGAUCCGCAUUACAGGAAGAAUGCAUUUGAUGCUGGGGAAGAUGGUCUUGGGAAGAAUGCUCAUUCUCUUAAAAAGGGAUGUGAUUGUUUGGGAUACAUAAAGUACUUCGAUGCACAUUUUACAAAUUUUACUGGAGGAGUUGAAACAAUUGAAAACUGUGUAUGUUUGCACGAAGAUGAUCAUGGAGUCCUAUGGAAGCAUCAAGAUUGGAGAACUGGCCAUGCAGAAGUUCGAAGGUCGAGGCGGCUCACUGUUUCUUUUAUCUGCACAGUUGCUAAUUAUGAAUAUGGAUUCUACUGGCACUUUUAUCAGGAUGGGAAAAUUGAAGCUGAAGUUAAACUUACUGGAAUUCUCAGUUUAGGGGCUCUGCAACCCGGAGAAUCUCGAAAAUAUGGCACCACAAUUGCCCCAGGAUUAUAUGCUCCAGUUCAUCAGCACUUUUUUGUUGCUCGUAUGGACAUGACAGUUGACUCUAAGCCUGGAGAAGCAAACAAUCAGGUUGUUGAAGUGAAUGUGAGAGUUGAAGAACCUGGAAAGGAUAAUGUUCACAGUAAUGCAUUCUAUGCAGAGGAAACUUUACUUAGAUCUGAACUAGAAGCCAUGCGUGAUUGUGAUCCUUCAUCAGCUCGCCAUUGGAUUGUCCGGAACACGAGAACUGUCAAUAGGAGUGGCCAACUGACAGGCUACAAAUUGGUACCUGGUUCGAACUGUUUGCCAUUGGCUGGUCCGGAGGCUAAGUUUAUGAGAAGAGCUGCAUUUUUGAAGCAUAACCUAUGGGUUACACCCUAUGCACGUGGGGAGGAUUUUCCUGGAGGGGAGUUUCCCAACCAGAAUCCACGUGUUGGAGAGGGGUUGGCUUCUUGGGUGAAGAAGAAUCGUUCUCUGGAAGAAAACGAUAUUGUUCUUUGGUAUGUUUUUGGAAUUACUCACGUUCCUCGAUUGGAAGACUGGCCUGUUAUGCCAGUGGAACACAUUGGUUUUAUGCUUCAGCCCCAUGGAUUCUUCAACUGCUCGCCUGCAGUGGAUGUCCCGCCUAAUGCCUGUGAGAUAGAUACCAAAGAGAACGAUGUAAAAGACAAUGGCGUAGCAAAGCCAACUUCAGUUGGUUUAAUGGCGAAGAUCUGA